GCCGUUUGGUUAGUAGAUUCCAAAGAGUGGGACAAGACAUUCUCGAAUCCUCGACGAUGGUAGGGCGAUGCUAUUUGCAGGAUAGAAGAGAUCCCCCGUUUAACUUAACACUAGGACAAGUACGUGUUUGUGGUGGAGCAUAUCUGCCACCGUCUGCAAUUGCAAGCAGUGGCUGCCGAGGAGUGAGGACUCGCACUGAUUUCUGCUCAUCCUCCGGUCAAUUGCUCUGGGUGUCAGACAAUUCAGUACUUAAACUUCUCGAGCAGGUCGGCACGUACUUCGCUGGAUGGGAAACUGAAGCAGACAGCGCAAACUACCCUAGGUAGCCGCUACUUUACAGUGGCCCUCUCAUUGCUGAAUUGCUCUGCAUCAUAGGACAGGACAUGAACUCUAGAGCCAGCCGACUUGCAUGGCGAGAAAACGCUCAGUUUGCAUCAGCGUGAUACAUUUGAACCACCUUUUCUUUGUCCUCUAACAUCCAGCAGCCCUUCGAAACCUUGACACUUGAGCCGAAUGUUUAUAAAAUGCCGCUAGUCAAACAUCGUGUCUUUCGGCCAUGUCUAUUCAUCGUUUCAAGUUCUUGUGCUUGUCGCCAGAACACGAGCAUAUACCAGAAAGUGUUUAAUACGUCGCUACGUCGUAGGACUGGUGAUGAAUGCAGAGAAUAUAUCGCAUCACGGACCGCGAGAUCGCUGGCUGGUUGGACGUCGGAACCAGUGUCUUUCUAUAGUUUAGAAUACCUUUGUCAACAACUGAAGCGGCUGUGUGGAGAAUCCGCUUCCAGCGCAGAAAGACGAGCCUUCGGCUCGAAGGAGGUCACCAGGCAGGCAGGCAGGCGCACCGCACUCACUCAUUUUUUUAGCGAGGGCACGGGAAGCCGGAUGGGACGAAUGUGUUCGGCUCAAAUUUUGUCUGCCUCGUGCCUGAACGAAAUUUCAAGUACCGAAAAGGGGCUCGGGCUGAGCGAAGUCAGGAAAGAGCCGCGAGAGCAGGAGAAGUAUAUUCCGCAAAGUAAGUAAAGAGUAGCUCUCGAUUUUCGGAGAGUGUCGAACAGAAUCGAGCAUCUGUAACUGUUUGAGAACACAGAACACAGAACACGAAGAGCGAGAGAACUGCGCGACAGAAACGACGUCGGUAGAUUCUGGAUUGAAGAUUCGGUCGCGCUCCCGAGACCCAACACAUGCAUGCCAUGCAUGGUCCGCGCUCUCAUAAGCAGUUGAUUAUCACCGAAAGUGUGGUCAGUUACAAAGCCUUUUCAGCGAAAUGAACUCAAGCAGCUGCAUCAUUUGGUCGGUACGUAGAAAGAGCACUGUAAUAUAAAGCACCCGAGUCAUGAUAGCUCCAAUGUGUUCGGAGGUAUGUCAUCAGAGAAGACGAGAUAUUUCCUUUGCGCACCUUUUCGGUGUCAACGUUUUCCUGGCCUGCUCUCUGAAAUCUGACAAAUCAAUACGGUCUCGAGUGAUCAGCUAUCUCCUCCCGUCCUCCAGUAGGCCUCUUCCCGUCUCCAUCUGCUGCUGCAAUCCAAUAAAGUAUGAAUGAUCAUUGUCUACCAAAGUUCCGCUUCGCAACUUGAUUUGUUUGGUACGGCUC